AAGGAUUCGAUACAUUAACCGGAAAUAUUCCUUUCCUCGCACAUAUACCAUUCUGAAAGCAUCUGGGCAGUAUUUUUCGUGUUUUAUUCUAAUUGCCCAGAAAAUGCAGCUAUGCAAUGUAUGCAGCAAGGAAACUCCAAAAUAUAGAUGUCCUGUCUGCAGAAUAACAUACUGUUCUCUUGGCUGUUACAAGAAUCAUAAAGACACUUGCCUUCCCAUUGAGAAGCCCGCAUCAAAUAAUCCUGAGCCUAAAAAUACAGCCAGCAUUGUAUCUACAGAGCCGUGGAGCGUUGAUGAUGAUCUGCAUGAAGAUGUUAUCAUUGACAAAGUGCCACUUCAGAAACUACAAUUGUUGGAUCAUUCAAAAGAGCUCAGAGAUCUCCUCUACAACCCUCAUCUCAGACAUUUGCUGCGUUCUAUCGACAGCGCGGAGAACAAAGACCAUGCAAUGAAGGCUGCCAUGCAGGAACCUCUGUUUAAUGAAUUUUCAGAUCAGUGUUUGAAAAUAGUUGAAAAUGAAACAAAAGCAUUCACAUCUCGUGAUGAUGAUUUGUAAAAUUCUGUUUGCAUCCCUUUUUGUAUUUUUUUAAACCACACUUGCUAUGCAUGUUUAGCAAUUUCUAUUCCACCUUGCCUAACACAGUAUGUAUAUAACAGUAUGCAAAUGAAUGUAAACUUUUAUAAACAUUUCCUGAGUCACCACA